ACGGCAAACUGAACGAAACCGCACAGGACAGGUAAUGUGAUCCCAUAUGCGACUGCCCAUAAUACAGGGUGUGUCACGGUUUCUGUGAGAGCCAGCGAAUGUUUGCACACAUAGUGAUCACCUGAAGACGGAAGAAGAUUGCUCUUUCAUCGCGCAAUGGCUGCCUCAAGACUCGCCAACCUGUUGUUGUUUUUCUGUUGUGCUUCAGUUGUUACUGUUGCGACGGCUACGGAGAAAGUUCCAGGGAAGACAAAAGGAUUUUUUGGAGAGGUAGAUAAAAACUCAAACACAGUCGUCGUAGACCCAGCCACGGCAGGAGCUCUUAAAAGCGGCCUCACCACCGUCUUCCUCCCCAUCGUCUACAUCGUGGUCUUCAUCGUUGGUCUGCCAGCCAACAUCAUGGCUCUCUGGGUCUUCCUCUUCAGAACCAAGAAGAAGCACCCAGCCACCAUCUACAUGGCCAACCUGGCUGUGUCCGAUCUGCUCUUCGUCAUCUGGAUCCCGCUGAAGAUCGCCUACCACUUCAAUGGGAACAACUGGAUUUACGGAGAGGGUCUGUGCAAAGUCUUGAUCGGUUUCUUCUACGGCAACAUGUACUGUUCCAUUCUGUUCAUCACCUGCCUGAGUGUUCAGAGGUACUGGGUAGUGGCCCACCCCUUCUCCCAGCUGAAGACGAAUAACCGCGUGGCCCUGCUUCUCUCUCUCUUCAUCUGGCUGUUCAUCUGGGUCAGCACCACCCCACUCUACCUCUACCAACAGACAGCCUAUAUCAGCGACCUUGGCAUCACCACCUGCCACGACGUCAGCAGGAUUGACCCCGAACAUGUCUUUGAGUCGAUUCAGCACUCGUACUAUUACUUCAUGACCAUGGCGGGUGUGGCUUUCCUGAUCCCAUCUGUAGUGAUUAUAGUAGCUUACGCCAUGCUGCUGCGUGCCGUUGGAAACUCAAUGGGCGAAGGCAGCGCUGGAAAGAAUCGUAGGAAGGCUGUGGUGCUGAUCAUCACAGUGCUGGUCGUGUUCCUCGUGUCUUUCAUCCCAAGCAACGUGAUGCUGGUGGUGCACUACUCCCUCCUGAGGGCAGGGGCAGAAAACAACGCCUACGGGUUCUACGUCACGACACUCUGUAUGGCGAGCCUCAACAGCUGCCUAGACCCGUUCAUCUACUACUUCGUGUCCGACGACUUCAGAGAACACGUCAAGAACGUACUUCUCUGCCGCAGCAACAGGACUGUCGAGAGGAUGAGAGUGUCGUUCAGCUCCAUGAAGUAUUCGACCAAGACAAAGACCUAUCUGUCUGAGAACUCCACCACCCAAACCAGUUCUUGCUAAUUUUCAAAAACAUUGUCGAUCUACAAUACCUAUUACAUCAACAUAAGGAGAGAAGACUUUGAAGUGAGAUUUUGAUUCGUAUACGUUUUUUGCAUAAGUGUUGUUGCUGCCAAACUUGCCCAUGACCAUGCUGUUGAAAAGGCUACGUUUUUAGUUUUAGUCUUCCAAGAUAGUGAAUUUUAAACCUUUAACAUUGAAGACUGAUGAUUAACCUGUAUGUCAUUGCUGUGUACCAUUUACGUUUUGGAGUUUGGGUUGACAUAUUUUGUGUUUCUUUCCUGCCUAUAUACCCCAUAGUGGGGCAACAUGUUUUUGUCUGGCCUGACCUAGUAUUAUCAUAUUGUAUCACAUGUGGUAGUGUAGCUCACUUACUCGCAAGAUAACCUAGAGAAUAUAAAUAUAUAUAUAUAUAUAUGUAAGUGAUAUAUACCACAUGAGAUACAAUAUGAUAAUACUAUAUAUAUUCAUCAAUGUCUCCAUUAUUUACUGGAUUUCUUUACUCUCACCAGGGUUGGUUCACGUGUUGAUCAUUUAAGAUGUUUUUCCUUUUAAGCUGUAAUAUUUAUAAAAAUGAUUCAUUUAAAUAAAUCUUUUCUAAACUAA